AUGUCCGCCUCUCCUUCCCCUAAUUUCUCCUUUUGCUUCACCUCAUGUCCGCCUCUCCUUCCCCUAAUUUCUCCUUUUGCUUCCCCUCAUGUCCGCCUCUGCUUCCCCGCAUUUACCCCGCUGCUUCCCCCCGUUUCCCCCUCUUCUCUCAUCGUUCCCCCCCUGCUUCCCCUCAUUCCCCCCCCCCCUCCUUCCCCUCAUUUCCCCCACUGCUUCCCCUCAUUUCCCUCUCUGCUUCUCCUCAUUUCCCCCCCUGCUUCCCCUCAUUUCCCCCUCCGCUCCUCCUCAUUCCCCCCUCCGCUUCCCCACAUUCCCCCCUCCGCUUCUCCUCAUUCCUCCCUCCGCUUCUCCUCAUUCCCCCCUCCGCUUCUCCUCAUUCCCCCCUCCGCUUCUCCUCAUUCCCCCCUCCGCUUCUCCUCAUUCCCUCCUCCGAUUCUCCUCAUUCCCCCCUCCGCUUCUCCUCAUUCCCUCCUCCGAUUCUCCUCAUUCCCCCCUCCACUUCUCCUCAUUCCCCCCUCCGCUUCUCCUCAUUCCCUCCUCCGCUUCUCCUCAUUCCCCCCUCCGCUUCUCCUCAUUCCCCCCUCCGCUUCUCCUCAUUCCCCCCUCCGCUUCUCCUCAUGCCUUCCCAUGCCUCCCCAUGCCUUCCCAUACCCCCCCAUGCAUCCCCAUGCCUCCCCAUGCCUCCCUCCGUGCACCCCCUUCAUCGCCUGCAUCAUGUCUUGCCCCCAUCAGGUGGUGGACGAGGCGGACCAGCUGCUGCACCAGUUCUACCACGACUGGCUGCCGCUCACCCUCGCCUCCCUUGCGGCUGCCCCUUCCGGUGCCACUGCUGCCACGUCAGCAGUCACCGGCAUGCAUGCUGACGUGGCAGUGAGCGUGCCGGUUCUGUGCGACGUCAUGCAUGCACAUGGCGGUGGCAGCAUGAGCGGUGUUCUCCCCACUCCAUUCAUCCACGGCCUGCAAUCUCUCAACCCCUGUGCCCCUCCGCCCGACAUUGAGCGACAUUGGGUGAUCGGGCUUGUUUGCCCUGCCACGCUCACCCGCGAUCCCUCCAAGAUUCAACGGCUCAGAUUGCACUUCCUGCUGCUCUCCGCCUUUCCCCCCGCCUCGCUGCCCUUCGCCUUUGCUGAGUUCUCCUCCCACCAGCAGCAGCGCCAGCGCAGGUUGACUACGAUGUUGUGCGUUCAAGAAGGGCACCCUUGCUUCACCGGUUUGAAGUGCUACUUACCAGCCUGA